CAGACCAUUGCCACCGGCAACGUCUGCACCCUCCGACCGCAAGAGGAAUCCGUUGCUGGCGUCCAGGUCGCUUUCCAGCUCAUGCUUGGGAAGGUCCAGAUCCUCGAGCAGUAUUUCAUUGACGCUCACCUCGACUACGUCUUCCUGCAGGAAGGGCGCGCUCGUGUCGAAGAGGUUCGCACGGGCCUCCACUACACCAUGUAUGUCGGGGCUGGCGACGACGACGGCGGCCACGGGUGCCAGAUCUGGAUUCGCGCCCGGUCGGGCUUCAAAGUCUCCUCGUACGCAGCGGUGCCCCCCCGUCUGUUCUGGUUGACAGGCCGCGACGCUUGCGGGUUGCCGCUGAUCCUUGUCAGCGCGCACGCCCCCACUGAGGCAUCACCAGCCACUGAACGCGAGGGAUUCUGGGACACGCUGCUGAGCACGAUGUCCUCCCUGCAACGCCGCGCGCCCACCGCCAAGAUCUACAUGGGCAUCGAUGCCAACGCACGUGUUGGCCCACACCACUCUGGCGCGACGGGGCCGUGUGACCCUGAGGAGAUCUCCCAGAACGGCGCUGCGCUUAUCGCCACGCUCCAGGAACUCCAGCUGGCCGCCCUGAACACUUUCUUCAAUGUCGGCUAUACUUGGCGCUCUGGGAAGGGCCCCACGUCGCGGAUAGAUUACUUGUGCGGACCUUUAGUGGACCUCCCGGCCGUCCACAAAGUGCACGUCCCCGAGCAGUUUCAGCUGUCCAUCACUACGCGCGAGGACCACCGCAUGGUCGCUGCACACAUGACCGUCCCCACGCGCGGUGGCGACACUGUGGGCCCCCCCGCGCCGUUCCGCUUCAACAAGCGGCGCCUCGGUGACACCGCGCGCGCGCAGCAAUUUGCGCGACGCAUGUCCGAGCUGCGUCUGUCGACCCAUGGCGACAUUGACGACGAGACCACGACCUUCAUGGGCCACCCGUGGAUAUCUGGAGACACAUGGCGGCUGCUCCGUACCCUGGCCCCGUCGCGCAGGACGAUGUACCGGGCUCGUGCCGAGAUCUUCAAGGUGAAUUGCCACCUCGCCUUCCUGAGCUGGGCAGCCCUGUGCCCCUCCACGUUCUCGUUGACUAACGCUCCCCCCACGCGAUUGGGCUGGGCGGCCAAGUGCGUGCUCCCCUCCCUGCGAGCACUCCGGCAGCAGUGGCGCCUGCUGAACGCCGCCACCACCCGCCUCUGCAGCCAGCUCACAGCGUUAGUACGUCACUUCAUCCACUUCGACCGCCAGCUCUUCCUCGAGACGAAGGCUCAGGAGGCGCAGCUGGCUGCCGUUCGCCGGGAUUGGCGCACUACCUUUGGCAUCGUGCGCGCGCUCAGUGGUCGGAGCGCCAGCUCCUCCACGCAUCCAGUCCGCCUGAAGUCUGGAGCUCUGUCCAGCACCGAGGCGGAGCGGCAGGGGCGUUGGCAGGAACAUUUCCGGGACGUCUUCAAUGGCAAGCCGGCCACCAUGGCCGAGCUGAAGCUCAAGCCGACGCCUCCGCCGGACCCCUUCGCCAGCGGCAUCGUCGUCCUCCCCGAUGCCGUGGGCGCGUCGCUCCUCCAGCUUGGGCGCAACAAGGGGGUGGGCCGCGAUGGCGUCCCCUCGGAGCUGCUGGUGGCCGGCGGCGACGCCGUCAACGAACCCCUGGCGCCCAUCUUCCAGGACAUCAUCGACGGCGAGCGCUGGCCAACCUCCUGGACAGGCGGGCGCAUGCAGAACGUAUACAAGAAGAAGGGGCCGCGCGAGGAGUGCGACGAGUCCCGCGGGAUUGUCCUCGAGGACCACGCGGCCAAAGGCUUCAAGCAGCUCCUCAGUGGCCUCGUGACCCCCAUGUACAACGCCCACAUGCCUGAGUCCCAGCAUGGGGCUGUUGCUGGCCGCGGUACCGACCUCGCUGCACACCUCGCCCGGUCUUUCUGCGACUACUGCACCACCAAGGGGCUCUCAUGCUUCGUCUGGUUCGUGGACCUUGUCAAGGCGUUUGACCGGGUCGUGCGCGAGAUCGUUCUGGGCUGGCCCCAUGCCGCCACAGACCCAGAACAAGAUCUACGAGACCUUGGUCUCAGCGAUCAUCAGGCCCAGUGGAUUGCUACUUGGGUUGCUCGCCAUGGAUGCCUGUUCGAGCAGUGGGGCGCGGCGCCGAAGGUGAUCCGGCUGCUCAAGAACAUGCACGCGGCAUCGUGGUUCUCUUACGGCGAUUGCGACGCCGCCGUCGCCACGCUGGUCGGCGGCCGUCAGGGCUGCAAGUACGGCGCCAUGGUAUUCAACAGCACGUUCUCCCUGGCCAUGGUCUUGAUCCGGGAUGCCUUGCUCGACGCUGGCAUCAUUCUGCGGCUGCCCAAAGGACGCGAUGCGUUCUGGGCGCCGCCAGAGAGCGGCGCCGACCACGCCGAAGACACCAUACCAGUGGUCGACGCCGCAUUCGUCGACGACGAGUGCUUCAUGCUGACGGCCCCCCGCGCGGCCGACUUCGACAGCGCGAUCGACGUAAUACUUACGGCAGUCUGCAAUAUUUACAAGAGCAUGAACUUGACGAUCAAUUGGAAGCCUGGCAAAUCGGAAUGCUUCUUGGUAUAUCGCGGCACUGGCGCCACUUCGUGCUUGGAGAAGCGACGCGUCCAGCGCGGUGGUGGCCUUGCGAUAGCGGUUCCUGGUCGCAACGUGCUCUUGCAUGUCGUCCCUAAGUACACCCAUCUCGGAGGCGUCGUGUGCUCCAAUGGCUCGCUCGGCCCUGCUGCUCAGCAUCUUCGCGUCGCGGCCAUGAAGAGCUACGCCCCGCUUGCAACCAAGCUUUUCGGCAGCCCCGUGGUGUCCGACGACCUCAAAUUUUGGAUGAUGCAAAGCUUGAUCCUGAGCCGGUUGUUGCACAAUGUCCACAUCCUCGUGCCGACUCGACGGUUCACUCUCACCAUCAACGCCGUGUACAUGCGAGUUCUCCGGAGGAUCGCCGGGGCGCCUCGCUUUGGGCACACUGUCCACGAUGUCACGGUACGCGAUCGUCUUGGGAGGGCGAGCGUCGAUUGCUUGAUGAUGCGCGCUCGUCUGCGGUAUCUUGGCCGCUUGCUGCGGUCGCAGCCGUCGGCCCUGCUGGCGAUGCUGAGCACGCGUCCCAAAGAUCGACCGUUGCCUUGGGCACAGCUGCUGACCACGGACAUGUUGAAGCUACGGGAGCUGGUUGCACCAUGCUCGCACCUCCCUUGCCCCACAGCCGGCGCGUCGAUAUGGACUGAGUUCAUUUUGGCCUCUCCCGGGCGUUGGUCCGGCGCGGUGAACGCCCUUCACUUCGUUGACUCGUGUUGCGAUGCCGCCGCUGCCGCUCCAGCGUCUACGGCUGGCGGCACUCGCCCGCAUGUCUGCGCGAUUUGUGACAGCCGCUUCGCGUCUGCGAAGGCGCUGAGUCAGCAUAUGCGCAUCAAGCAUGGCCAAAAGUGCCUGCAACGAUUUUGGGCGCCAGCUGGUGCCACGUGCCUCGCUUGCGGCACUUCGUUCGGCCUCCGUCUCCUGUCUCACUUGUGCGAUUCGCGCCGGCCCAAGUGCUGGAACGAAAUUCGGGCAAACCGCAAGCGUUUCCCGCCGCUUCUGGAUUUUGUCGUCGCGAAGCUCGGCUUAAUGGAUCAGGAGCUUCGUCGCGAGGCCCAGCGCGCGGGGCACUCCCAUGCUUUGGCGAAAGGCCCGGCUCGCCGAGCUGACGGCUCAACCGUUGGCCGUGCUCGUCUGUAG